AUGCCAGACGGCGGGCAGCAGGUCUAUUGGCACGACAUCCCACGAUGUCCCCCGCCAUGGCGUGCCACCGCAGCCCCCACUCGCAGAGAAGUUGUGUUGCAGCGCCGCUGUGAACGGGCCACACCGCCGCCGUGCGGCCGCCACUGGGGGAUUGUGCUUGAGCCGUAUCUCACACCGCUGCAUGGACUCAACAUGGUGAUGCGUGAACUGCAGGUGGCUGCAGUCACACGAGAGGAGGCGGCAGCAGCGGUGGCGACGGUGAGUGAGGAAUUGAACGCCAUGACGCAGCAGUUACCUUCACAAUCCCCAUCACAGCGUGGACGGCAGUUUAAAGAAGAGGGAAUGACGCAGCAGAGUAGUGCCACAGCAAUGGACGUUCGAGAGGCACCAUUACUGGAAGUUGUAAAGGUCUUGUGCGCCACAAGAGGGCUGGAAGUGAUAGCGUUUAGCAAAGCAGAACUUCGUCUAAAGAAACGAAUUGGUCUAGCCGAUGUUUUACCUAGAAAACGUGUAGUGAUGGCUUUUGAUCGUAGUAAGCCGUUAUUUGUUUUCCUAACAGCCGUUAUGGUGAAGAAAAAGAAAUGGGGAACAACAACGCAAGCUAAGUUUCUAAAUCUUGUUGCGCCAACUUCAAAUCCUGUUCCGUGGCGUAGACUUCUUAGAGGCGCAAUACCAAAUUUUCCAUUAAAUGAGUGUGUUUUAGUGGCUGUGCAGAGGUGUCAUGACGAUUAUACCACAGAAGGUUUUCCUCUAAGUAAUGGUUUACAUGAAAGAGAAGAGUUUUUGCUUGGUGGUGAUGAUAGUGAUGGUGAUAAUAAUAAUUAUGAAGAGGAAGAAGAAGAAGAAGACAUGGAUGAGGAUAAAGGUGAGAAUAGUAUUGAUAUAAGUAAUACUAAUCAAAAAUAUAUAAAAAAUAAAGGAGAAGAAAUACAUAAAGGUCGAAAGAGAGGACGUGAAGAAGAAACGGAAGAGAACAGCUAUAAUGACUCUCAUGGUGGUGACAGUGAUAGUGAGUUCUAUAGUGAUGAGACAAACUCCGUAAAUAGUGAUAACAUGUCAAGAGAUGGAAUUCCACUCGGACCGAAUCCUAUCUUCACUGAGAGGGAUCAAUUGCAUGAUGAUCCGUUAUUUGAAACCCCUGUAGCCGUUUUUCGAAAAGUCUCUCGGGCUGCUCAUGCAAAACAUGACUGGAUACAGCGACUCAUUAAAUAUAAGGAAAGAAAACAACUUUAUGCGAUAAAUUACUGA